CGCUUUCCAUGAUGACAGGGAACAGCCUCCCGUCCUCGCCCUCCUUCACACAAACCGAGCUCUCAACCUAAAACCGGGACGAAUCCUGCCCUGGGUAUCUAUUCUCUUCUCACCUCUCCGAUCUCUCGUGUUUCUCUUCGCUGGACAUCGACGGCGCCGCCUCAAGUUCUCAUCUUUCUAGAACCUUCUGGAAGAACCGGCGAUGCCUUCUAGAGCGGGUCGUCCAGAGAGGAGUUUUCGAUGGAUUAAUUGAUUAUUAAUCAAUUCAUUCCGGAACGCCGGCCGGUUUCGGUUUCUUCCCUUGGCCUUCUUCUUCAUCUUCUUCUUCAUCUCUUGUGGAGGAGAGGCGUUUGUUUCCUUGCGAUGGAGGAGGGGAAGAUGGGGAACGUGGCGACGGUCCGGGCGGUGCUCGCCAUCCUCCAAUGGUGGGGCUUCAACGUCACCGUCAUCAUCAUCAACAAGUGGAUCUUCCAGAAACUGGAGUUCAAAUUCCCUCUGACUGUGUCGUGCGUCCACUUCAUAUGCUCUUCUAUUGGAGCCUAUAUCGCAAUCAAAGUGCUCAAAGUAAAACCGCUGAUCGAGGUCGCCCCCGAGGAUCGCUGGAAAAGGAUAUUCCCCAUGUCAUUUGUGUUCUGCAUAAACAUCGUGCUGGGAAAUAUCAGCCUGCGGUACAUCCCGGUCUCCUUCAUGCAGACCAUAAAAUCUUUCACUCCUGCAACAACAGUUAUUCUGCAGUGGUUGGUCUGGAGGAAAUAUUUUGAGUGGCGCAUAUGGGCUUCUUUGAUUCCAAUAGUGGGUGGAAUCCUCUUAACUUCAGUAACUGAGCUUAGCUUCAAUAUGCUUGGUUUUUGCGCUGCCAUGGUUGGCUGCCUCGCCACAUCUACAAAGACUAUCUUGGCAGAGUCCCUACUCCAUGGAUACAAAUUUGACAGCAUUAACACCGUGUACUACAUGGCACCCUUUGCCACCAUGAUACUAUCGAUACCAGCGAUCGUACUCGAAGGGAGCGGCGUAAUCAACUGGCUCUACACAUAUGAUUCAACCGUCCCUGCACUAAUCAUCAUAAUCACCUCAGGAGUUCUAGCCUUCUGCCUCAACUUCUCCAUCUUCUAUGUUAUCCAUUCAACGACAGCGGUGACCUUCAAUGUAGCCGGCAAUCUCAAGGUUGCUGUCGCGGUACUGAUCUCCUGGAUGAUCUUCCGCAACCCGAUCUCCGCCAUGAACGCAGUAGGGUGUGGGAUCACGCUCGUCGGCUGCACCUUCUAUGGCUAUGUGAGGCAUCUGAUCUCCCAGCAGGCCUCCACCCCUAGCCCGCGCACCCCGAGAAGCCGGUUGGAGAUGCUCCCCCUCGUAGGCGAAAAGCAAGAGAAGAUCUAGCAGCAGGACAUAUAGGCGCUCUUGACAAUCAUAGGAAUAAUAAACACACAGCAUUUGGGGUUAGAAAGAGCAAAGUUUCGUAGGAUACAUAUUUUGGUGUUGGUAACGAUGCUGUACUUGAUCCACCAGACUUAAUUUUGCUGUUGUUCCAUGUCAGUUGCUGCACCCGGUUUGUUCUUCGUGGAACUCUGAUCUGACAUUUUUUGGUCUGUGCUGCUGGACAAAUACUUUCUCGUGUCAGUAUAAAUUGUUCAGGAUGCUGCUUGCAGUAGCACCUAACCAUUGACGCUAGCAGAUUGUUGCCCAAAUUAUGGCACAAUUAUUUUGUUUC